AUGCCGCGCACGGUGGCCGUAGUCGGCGCGGGCCUCCACGUCGCGGUUUUCGAGAAGUCGGGUCGCGCGGGGGGCACCUGGGCGUACGACCCGCGCGCGGACGCCGACGACCCGCUGAGCCGCGACCCGGGCGCCGUGCACGGAAGCCUCUACGCGUCGCUGCGCACAGACCUGCCGUGCGACCUCAUGGGCUUCUCGGUCUUCGCGGGCGACGCGCGCGCGUUCCCGGGCCACCGGGAGGUGCUCGCGUUCCUCGACGCCUUCUCUGAGGAGUCCGGCGUCGCCGCGCGCGUCAGGCUCCGCUCCGAGGUGCUGCGUGUGGCUCCCCUCGGCCAGGUGGAGCGGUGGGUGGUCGCGUGGCGCGGGGAGGACAGCGAGGUGGAGGAGGAGGUGUUCGACGCGGUCGUCGUCUGCAACGGCCACUGGCCGACAAUGGAAUUUCAAUUUCAAGGAAAAAACAAUCUAGCAAUGCUUCUGUCGGCUGUCGCAGGAAUUAACAGUUGGAGUGCAAAACAAAUUCACAGCCACAACUAUCGCACCCCCGAACCGUUUCGGGAUCAGAUUUCAUCAGUUAUUCCGGUGUGCCACUCUCGAGAGCUGCAGAAUGUUGUGGUUGUAGGAUUCUCAGCCAAUGGAAUUGACAUGGGUUUAGAGAUCUCACAGAUCGCCAAGGAAGUGCACGUAGCAGACAGGUACUCGAAGGAUAGGUUGGGAAAGAUUGAGCUCUACCAGGGUUGGUAUCGCUACCAUUUCCCGUUUCUCGACCUGGAUGGGCUCACCGUCGACGACAACCGUGUCGGACCACUGUACAAGCACGUCUUCCCCCCAAAGUAUGCGCCGAAUCUGUCCUUUGUUGGGCUACCAUAUAAGACACUGGAGCAGGAGUCCAAGUGGGUCGCGGCCGUGCUGUCGGGGCGGGGCACGCUGCCAAGCGAGGAGGACAUGAUGGCGGCCGUGAGGGAGCACUACCGGCUGAUGGAGGAGGCCGGGAGGCCGAAGCGCCACACGCACACACUGUCGCCUCAGUGGGCGGAGCAGGUCGGCGAGCCCACACUGGAGCCGUGGAAGUGCGAGAUGUUCGAUAGGGUGCUUGGGAGCAUCUUCACGCUAGAGGAGGCCUACCGAGAUCGCUGGGAACAAGAGAGAAGACAGAGACUCUGGCACUGGUGCGCAUUAGCAAUUAGGAUCACAACGAGCUCCAUCGUGUAA